AUGAAUCAUUCUUCUGGUCUCUAUUUGCCCCCCCGCCCCGAAACUGACCCGCAGCGCGGCACCCAUCCGCUUCGCGCGCGGGAAGGCAACGAAGUUCAGCUCAUGGGACCGCGGCGGAGUGGAGCAGCCGCGACACGAAGCGACGGAUGUGUGACGUUUGGAGUUGUCGUUCGUGCACCUGUCCCCAAUGGAAGAAUGAGUGAUCCGUUCCCCUGCGGAUCAUGGCUUUACCACUCGGUCCCCGAUGGCCGGCGGGGGAUUCGGUAUAGCAGCUCACGUUCGUUUGCGCUGCGCGUUCCCGCUGAACUGGACACGUGUUAG